AUGGCAUCUGAAGACAUAGAAACACAAGAAAUACAGCAACGGCUGAAUGAAGAACCACAACAGCCCCAGGGAGAACAACCGCAACAGGAGCAGCAGAUUCUUGAAGUUCAUGAGCUUCAGAGGAUUAAACUUGGGCAAAGAUUACAUGAGGCGAAUGAACAAAUUCGAGCUAUGAGAGAAGCUUAUGUUAACUUAGAGGGGAAAUUAGAGACUGCUAUCAAAGACAAAACACAAACUGCAAAUACUGAAUUGUCGAAGAAAAUUAAUCUGUUGGAAAGAGAUUUAGCAGAAGUUAAAGAUGAGGUCGAACUAUACAAGGCAAAAUUUUCUGAUGCACACGAAAAAGCACAAUCUCUCGAACAUUCGUUGAAUGCGGAACAGCGCGCUCGCGAAGAAGAAAAGAUUCGGUAUGAAAGCGAAAAACGUGAAUAUGAAUCACUAAAAAAUAUGUAUGAGCAGGAAAAGAACAUGACUGGUGAUGUACAUGCGAAGUUUGAGUCGGAGAAAUUAAGACUUAAUGAGCAAGUUCGUCGGCUGGAGAGUGAAAAUAGUAAUUUGCAUAACACAAUGAACGAACUCCGAACACAAAUGCAUGCUAUAGAACGUGAACGCGAUCUAGCAAACUCUCAGGCUCACAAUUACAAACUACAAUACGAACGAGCCCUCAACGAGAAACACACCGCCGACCGCCGCUCGCAACUAGAACUCGAAAAGCUGCGCAACGACUACAAUUUGCUUCAGAAAGAAAACACUAUGUAUCAACGCAAACACCAAAAUGACCAAACAAAUCUCGAGCAACUUGCCCGUUCCGAAGAAGAACUAAGGAAUCUGCUCGAGCAGCACAAACAGCAACUCGUCACGAUGGAGCAACUAUUGUCUGAAAAAGAGUCGCAAUGCAACCAGAAAGAUGAACGGAUCGCGGAGUUGUCGCAAAAUUUGGAAGAGGCUGAAAAACUCGCGGCGGCUGCGUUGGGCUCACCGAGUACAACUGGGAUGGCUGUGUUGGGAAAUCAUGGAAAGUCAUUGACGGAUUUGUUAAGAGAGCAUCGGUCGAUGUCGAUUGAGUUGAUUGAGACUAGAGCUAAAUUAAGGACUCUUGAAACUGAAAAACUGAGGCUUGAAGAUUCUAUGAAGAAAAUGGUCAAUGAGAUACUUCGGACUGCACCGAUUCUCAAGUCGCGAAAUGAAGAAUCCAAGCGUAAAUCUCAAGAAAUUGACAAGCUUCUGCACGAAUUAAAAAUGAAAGAAGAUCUAUUGACACGGAGCUCGAAUGAGCUACAAGCUCUCAAGGUCCAACACAAGUCUCUUACAACGGAUUAUUCCAAAUUACAGAAUGAAAAAGAAAUAUUGUUGCGCCACAAUGCAUACUUUAUGCAAGAACUUGAAAGUCGACCCUCUGUAGGUAUCCACACACCCGUCUACACAUCUCGCGAGAAUGACAUCGGGUUCCGAAAUCUCGAGGAAAUGUACACGCAAAACGUGUCAAUGACCUCAGAAAUUAAUGUGUUAUCGCAACAGCUUAAAGAGCUUUCAGAAAAAGCCAAAGAUUUGGAAAACUUUGCUGCGGAGAAUAUCCGAUUGCAAUCAGAGAUUGAUGUAUUAAGGAUUCGGCUUAAGACGGUGCCUGAACAGACGCCUGCUCCUGCUGCGGCUGUUAUUGGUACAUCGACGACUCCGAAUACUCCAAGCGUGGGUUCUGUUCCUGCUUUUAAUAAUCAGGAAAUAACUUAUUAUAAGAAGGAAGCUGAGUCGCUUCAAGCAAGAGUGAACGAGCUUAUGUUAGCUAGGGAACAACUUAACAAUGAUUGUAAGGAAUUGAGGCAAGAAUUGAACGAAGCUAAAUCGAUAAGUAGCAAAUAUCAGGUGGCUCAACAUCAGCUUGAAGUUUAUCAACAAUGGUUGGAUUCUGAACGAGAGCGGAGCAAGAAACAAGAAGAUGAACAUAAUAAAAUGCUUGAGCUUCGGUAUACGGAAAUACGUGAUUUGCGUGGUCAAUUGCAUGCGCUUCAAGAAGAAUUGAAUCCUAUCAAAAUGGAUUUGCGACAGCGAAACGCAAGCUACACCGACCUAAUGGAAACCCACCACAACCUCCAAAAACAGAACCAACAAAUGAUUUCCAACUGGCAAAAAGAAAUCGAAACCGUUAAAUCCAAAGAAAAAGAAGUCGCGCAGCUGUCCACUGAAAAAGGUCAAGCACUUCAAGAACUACAACAGUACAAAUCCUCUGUUGAAAAGUUGAGCGAAGAGUUGAAUGCGACCGUAAAUCAACUUAAAGAAUCUUCCGCGGAACGUGACAAGUAUAGUGAACAGAUACGAGUUCUUGAGAAGCAAUUAGAAGAGUCGCGUGCGGCGCAUGAUAAGUUGAUGGCGCAGGUUGAAGCGCAGAAUGAUGAUUUGAGUAAGAUGAAAUCCCAGUUAGAGUCGUAUGAAUCUGCUGAUGCCCAUCUGACUAUUUCGCAAUUGCGUGAGAGUUUAACAGACACACAUAAUCAAAGUCGUCGAUUACAAGAUCAGAUUGACUUCCUCGAGAAAUUCAGUCAAGAUUCUCAACGUGCAGUUGAAGAGUUGGACAAAUUCAAUCAAGCAUUACAGGAAAAAUUCGACCUAACAUCAAAAGAACUCACAGACCUAAAAUCACAACUCGAAAAAUCCACCAACGACUUACAGCACAAGCAAUCCGAGAUCGAGAGUCUUACUGCAGAAUUGGCCACUGUACGUGAAGAUUCCCAACUCAGCAUCAACAAUUUAAAGACCAACGAAGACUAUCUUAUGAAACAAGUUGAACAGAAUAACAAAGAGUUAGCGGAAGCCAAGAAACGAUACGAUAGUCAAGUUUUGGAUCUGGCGGAUACGCUACGUAAGUUAAAUGACAUGGAACAGAAUUUUAAUAGACUGCGAAGUGAGAAUGAAAAUCUGAAGUCUCAAAUUGAGUCAUCGCAAACUACAUUUGCUCAUGAAAAGAAAGUGCUUGAUGAUGAAAUACGUCAAUUGUCUGAAAAAUGUUCUAAGCUCCAAGAAUUUAACGAAUUGUUCCAGAAACAAGCAGAGAACGAUGCACCCGCUGAAUCACAGCUAGCGAUUCAAGGUCUACGCAGGCAAUUGGAAGACUUAUUACGCGAAAGCAACGACUUCAAACUCCAAAACCAAUCGUUCAAACGAGAACUGGAAGAAACUCAGAAACUUGUCAAUAACUGGAAGAACUUGUACGAAGAAGAACACCAAAAAUUGCAAGCCUCCGAAUACGGAACUGACCUCGCUGAGAAACAAAUACAACUUGACCAAUCGAACGUGCACAAUAGACUCUUGUUUGAAGAAAACCAACGAAUCACAAAAAAUCUCAAAGAGCUGGAAACACGAUUGGAGCAAACGUUAUCUGAUUCUCGAGAAUACGCGAGUAAGAUCACCGCUCUUGAAGCAGAGAAACAAAAUCUCGAAGAACGAUGUCGGCGUACGCAAAAGAGCUUGGAGACUGAACAGCAACGGUAUACUGCGAUAUUGGCCAGUCGUGCAGAUAUUACACCGGCGGAAGUCGAAAAGUUGAGGAAAACCGAGGAAACUGUGAAAGGACAAUUAAAAAGCGUAAUUGAACAACAUAAAAAGGAGGCUUUGACUCUCAAAAGACAAAUUCAACAAAAGCAGACUGAGGACAAAUUGGUCAAAGAAUUGUCAGAUGCUACUACCGCAAAUUUGAGACAUAAUGUACUUAAAUCUGAACUUGAAAAAAAGAAAGAGAUUAUCAAAAGACUUCAAACUGAGCUGACUCAAUUGAAGUCUAAGCCUGUUCAGAAAGUACCUAUAACCCAACAACAAUCAACAUCGUCCCCUGCUGCUAUCACGACAAUUGCUCAACCACAAAUUCCUGUCAUAUCAUCAAUUCAACAGGAAACUGUUGCACCUCAAAAGACAGCGUCAACUCCAUCAGAACCUGUUUCUAUCGCAUCUCCUCAACCAUCGGAAAAAAUUCCAGCCAAUAUUACAACACAGAGAGGAGAAAAACGACCUGGACCCGUAAAGUUAAAUAGAUCUCGAGUUCCAAUCCAGUUGCCAACGAUACCUACUGACAAUACAAACCAUGGUCAAUCUUCAUCAACUGCACCUACCUCACAAACGACAACUAUCGCUGAAUCAGCUUCUACAGCGAUUCCAGAGCAUGAACCCAUUACCAUAGCAGUAUCAAGUCCGAUGCCAUCUCAUAAUACCCAGGAACCUGCUACUGUUCCUGCAGAGUCAACACAAGCUGAAACUUCGGAAAGCACUGAAACAAACAACCGUAAACGACGACGAUCAAUAGAUGACGAUGUUCGUGCUAAUAUAGAAGCUUCGCACAGCAUACAGCAAUCAGGAACAACUGAAAAUACAGAGGGGACUACAUCUGAAGGUAUAGCUGCAACAACAAUAACAGGCGCAGUUACCACACAGGAACAACAACCCGAAGCUGAAUCAAAUACAACUGAUGAUUUAGCACCGCCAGUGAAAAAGACGAAAUUCGAGGGAAAUCAAAAUGAAUAA